AUGUCGAGCUCUGAAGACGAAUACGACCCAGCAGGAGCCCUGGACGAUAUCGAAUCCACCUUGGAUACUCUGGAGACGAUCUUGGAACCCUUGUUGAGCGGGAAGAUGACGUGGGAAGAGAUGUUGGAGAAGGAGUCGGGGGACCAUAUGGGACGGGCAAAGUUGAACAUGAUGAUGGCGUUUGGGGUGUGUGAUCUCUUGUUCGUAUAUCUGCAGAUGAAGGGUCAUGAUACAACAGAUCAUCCGGUCAUGAUCGAGCUCAAACGGGUCAUGGAAUACAAUGCCAAGAUCAAGGAGGCCGAGACCGCACCAAAACCUCGAAUGAAGUUGGAUACGGCAGCAGCAGGCAGGUUCAUCCAAGCUGCUAUUCCGAGAUCACAACGUAUAGCCCCCGGAACUGCCUCUUCUACGCCCACACCGGAACCGUCAAAAUCGAAUUCGAAAAACAAGCUGACCUACGAAGAGGUGGGCAUGAGCAGCCGGUUCAAACAUAUCGGGGAAGGGGAGGUUUUGGACCUGUCGUAA